AUGGUGAAAAAAAUUACAGAAAAAAUCAUCUGGGGUUUCCCGAGGUACCCAUCUCCGCCGCCGCCGACCAAAUCCGCCGCCCCAAGAUUCAUGGUAUGGCUAAUCCUGUUCGUUUCAGUCAUUUAUGUCUAUUACGCAGUGAAGCUUCUUUCCUCUUCGCAUUGUGAGGUAGAUAUUUUUGGUACUCGACGUUUGCCUUUAGACAAUCCCUCAAACCAAACAGUCCCUUCAUCUCAUAAUAAUCCCGAGAACACGCUUCAUCUGCCCGAUCUCAGGCAAAAAUCCCUAGGAAAUAACAGAACAGGAUUACAACACAUUGUUUUCGGCAUAGCUGCUUCGUCCAAGCUGUGGGACAAGAGAAAAGAGUACAUAAAACUGUGGUUCAAGCCGGAAAAUCGAAUGCGUGGAGCCGUUUGGCUGGACAGGCCGGUGAAAAUUCAAGAAAACGAGACCGAAAGUCUCCCUGAGCUGAGAAUCUCCGGGGGCACUUCUCGUUUUGCCUACGAGAACAGAAGGGGCCACCGCUCGGCUAUCAGGAUUUCUAGGAUUCUGUCUGAGACUUUAAGGUUGUCUGGUAAUAGGGAUUAUAGUAACGUGAGGUGGUUUGUGUUGGGGGACGAUGAUACGGUUUUCGUGACAGAUAAUUUGGUGAGGGUUUUGAAUAAGUAUGAUCAUAAUCAGUAUUAUUACAUUGGGAGCUUGAGUGAGAGCCAUCUGCAGAAUAUACAUUUCUCUUAUUCGAUGGCUUAUGGUGGGGGAGGUUUUGCCAUUAGUUAUCCUUUGGCAAGAGCUCUUGAGAAGAUGCAGGAUAGAUGUAUAGAGAGGUAUCCUAAGUUGUAUGGCUCGGAUGAACGGAUACAGGCUUGUAUGGCCGAACUCGGAGUUCCACUCACGAAAGAACUUGGCUUUCAUCAGUACGAUGUGCACGGCAACUUAUUUGGGCUCUUAGCAGCACACCCCAUCACGCCUUUUGUUUCCCUUCACCACCUAGACAUAGUCGAGCCGAUAUUCCCAAACGUAACCCGAAUAAAAGCACUCGAGAGGCUCCAAAUCCCCAUGCAGCUCGACUCGGCUGGUCUAAUGCAGCAGUCCAUAUGCUACCACAGAACUAAUACUUGGACAGUGUCGAUAUCUUGGGGAUUUGCUGUCCAAAUAUUUCGCGGGGUUUUGUCACCACGGGAGAUCGAGAUGCCUUCUAGAACUUUCUUGAAUUGGUACAAACGAGCUGAUUACACAGCGUACGCUUUCAACACGAGGCCCGUUAUGAGGAAUCCAUGUCAGAAGCCGUUUGUUUUCUAUCUGUCGGGGGCAAAAAUGGAAUUCCGUAAGAAUACAACGGUGACCGAGUACAGUCAGCAUCGUGUUGCUAAUCCGGAAUGCAAAUGGAAGAUGGCAGACCCUACGGAUAUCCGCCGGGUCGUGGUUUAUAAGAAGCCAGAUCCUCAUCUUUGGGAAAGAUCUCCGAGGAGAAACUGCUGCCGGGUCUCGAGUUCGAAGAAGAAUAGCUUGGUUUUUGAUGUGGGUGUAUGCAGCGAAGGUGAGAUUAGUGAAGUAUGA